AUGGAAAACAGGGAGACAGGGACACCUCCGCCCUCACCACACAUAAAAGCGGGCCUCCAGCCCACACUGGUCCUGACUACCCUAAGUGCGGCCUUCGGUUCAGCCUUCCAGUAUGGCUACAACAUCUCCGUGAUCAACACACCUCACAAGGUGGGCGCAAGCGGCGGAUGGUGUCCUGUCUUUCAGGUCUUGAAGUCAUUUUACAAUGACACGUACUUGGAGCGACACGGAACGUCCAUGGAUGAGAACACCCUGCUCCUCCUGUGGUCGUGCACAGUCUCCAUGUUCCCUCUGGGAGGGUUGUUGGGGUCCUUGGUGGUUGGCCUGAUGGUCGAUAAGUGGGGCAGAAAGGGAACGCUGUUGAUCAACAACGUCUUCGCGAUCACCUCUGCCAUCCUGAUGGGAAUCAGCAAAGUGGCCCGGGCUUUUGAGCUGAUCAUCCUGUCUCGAGUGCUGGUGGGAAUCUGUGCAGGCAUCGCCUACAGUACUCUUCCCAUGUACCUGGGAGAACUGGCUCCCCAGAACCUCAGGGGUGCAUUGGGGACAAUGACUGAGGUAUUCGUCAUCAUUGGAGUCCUCUUGGCCCAGAUCUUCAGCCUGCAGCCCAUCCUGGGCAACGCCACAGGCUGGCCAAUCCUCUUGGCUCUCACAGGCGUCCCUGCACUGAUUCAGCUCCUCUCUCUGCCCUUCUUCCCUGAGAGCCCCCGCUACACUCUGAUUGAGAAAGGAGACGAGGAGACGGCCAGACAAGCUUUAAGGAGGCUGCGAGGUCACAACUACAAUGUGGAGGCUGAGAUAGAAGAAAUGCGCACAGAGGAGCGCACCGAGCAAGCCGAGGGCCGCCUGUCUGUGCUCAACCUCUUCACCUUCCGGCCCCUGCGCUGGCAGCUGAUCUCUAUCGUCGUGCUCAUGGCGGGCCAGCAGCUGUCCGGGAUUAACGCGGUCAACUACUAUGCAGACAUCAUCUACACCUCGGCUGGUGUAGACCCCACCCAGUCCCAGUAUGUGACCCUGGGCUCUGGUGUCAUCAACUUGGUGAUGACUCUCGUCUCGGCCAUGAUCGUAGAGCGUCUGGGGCGGCGGAUUCUCCUGCUGUCUGGCUAUGGCAUCUGCGGCUCUGCCUGCCUGGUACUGACCGUGGCACUCCUCCUCCAGAGCAAGGUCCCUGAGCUGUCUUACCUCAGCAUCGGCUGUGUCUUCUCUUACAUCGUGGGACAUUCCAUAGGGCCCAGUCCUGUCCCCUCGGUGGUGAGGACAGAGAUUGUCCUGCAGUCCUCUCGGACGGCCGCUUUCACAGUGGACGGGGCUGUGCACUGGCUCACUAACUUCAUCGUGGGCUUGGCAUUUCCAUCCAUCCAGGUGGCCAUCGGGGCCUACAGUUUUGUCAUCUUUGCUGCCAUCUGUCUCCUCACGGCUGCUUACAUCUACGUGGUAAUCCCUGAGACCAAGGGCAGGACAUUUGUGGAGAUAAACUGUGUUUUUGCCAAGAGAAAUGGAGUGGAGUUUCCAGAAGAGAAAGAAGUAACCACGGCCAAGCCUCACACACCUUCCCUGCCUGUCAAGGAAACGUUCUUUUGA